ACUGGGGUGGCCACUGUUUUAGUGUUUUUCUUCGGAUUGUUUUAUGAUUUCUGUAUCUUCUUGUGUUUAAGAACGUAAUUGUGUUCUGGUUUAAUACUCAUGUGUUUUUAAUUAAAAAUCGCGUUAAUUUCGUUGAAAUCGGUGCUUUUAUGCAAUACUAAGUGAUGAAUUACAAUUAGUGCGCGUUAAUUUUGGGUGCUUUGCUCGAAAAACCGUUCAAAUGUUGCGUUUGUUGGUGUUUCCCGUGCUUCUCGUUCACAUUUGUAUUUGUUCGGAAACUGGAAAUUCUGUCUACUAUACGGAUGGAGUUCCAAAAUUGAACGUUGGUAAUUUAGAAAGCGGUUACCACGGAUUAGUGAAAGAAAAUGAAACUCUGGUGGAGGUUACUCCUCCUAUCAGAGCCACAGGUGCUGAUAUUUGCAGCUUCAAGAUAAUAAACAAGCAUCAUACGGAUGCUCCAUUCGAGAUAAUACUGAGAAAGAAUGGCGAAGCGGAGCUGCGAGCGCGGAAAGCAUUGAAUUGCGAAAAGAAGAAAAAUUACAAGUUCGAUAUUGUAGCGGUAGCUUGUUCGGGCGAACCUUCAGAAAAUGCUACCGUACAUAUUACCAUCGUCGACAUUAACGAAUACGCUCCGGCCUUUCUGGAACCGUCGUACGUACGUACGGUGGACGAGGGACGACUGUACGAAGAAAUUGUGCGAGUUGAAGCUACCGAUCGUGACUGCACGCCCAAAUUUGGCGACAUUUGUAAAUACGAAAUCUUGACCACAGACCAGCCGUUCGUUAUCGACAAUGAAGGAAGUAUUCGUAAUACGGAACCGUUGGACUAUGAAAGAAGCCAUAAUCAUAUUUUAUCGGUGGUGGCGUACGAUUGCGGAAUGAAACAAUCGGUGCCGGUCAUGGUGACCAUUAAGGUGAACAGAAUUUGUAAACUCGGCUGGAAAGGAGUUCCCGAAAGAGUUGAUUACGCUCCGCUUUCCGGUAUGGAAACGUUGUUUCCAACAGCGCAAUUGAAAUUAUGCGAUGUGCCGUGUAACAUAAAUAAAGUGUACUCCAGAUUAACGCUGAGUACUUCGCAUAUUGGAAAAGGAUGCGAUCGAGAUACCUAUUCUGUUCAAAGUCAGCGGAAAAUUUGCGGCGCCAGCAGCGAAAGCGUAGAUUUAUUACCAACACCGGGUGUAUCCGGUUCAGAAUGGACGAAAACUUUGGCUACAGACGAAGGCCACGAAUCAGACCAAAUGUUCGAAUUCGACGGCGCGAACGCAGCUGUGGCUAUACCGAACGAUCUGCUCAAUCACAGUCUAUCUUCGACCUUUACCAUUGGAACUUGGAUGAAACACAAACCGCAACCUAACCAGGAUAAAUACGUCAAAGAACAUAUCUUGUGUUCAGCCGACGAUCAUAAAAUGAACAGGCAUCAUUAUGCGUGGUUCGUACGCAAUUGCAGAUUGAUAUUGUUAUUGAGACGAGAUUUCAGUCAAGGAGAUCUUAAUAUAUUCAGACCGGCUGAAUGGAGAUGGAAAAUACCGCAGGUUUGCGAUAACGAAUGGCAUCAUUACGCCGUAUCCGUCCAAUUUCCCAAUGUCCAGCUGUACAUCGACGGUAUUCUGUUCAGAGCUCAGAAGAAAAAUCCAGAAGUUAUCGACGAUUGGCCUCUGCACCCUACGCCAGAUAUAAAUACCACUUUGACCGUAGGCGCUUGCUGGCAAGGAUCUGAGAAUAAAAUGAAACAUCAUUUCCGAGGCUACUUAGCCGGAUUAUCGGUCCUGCUGCAUAAAACGGAGAAACCAGAAGUCCUGGCGUGUCUGCACAAGUGCAAAGAGAGUUUGGAAGUUCCAGCUAUGGAUUACUUGAAACCAGGCAUGGAGCUAUUGAGUAGCAACGAUUUGACCGAGAUCACCAUCGAAGGAGAUAACAAAACGAAUAUGGAAACGCUGGUGAAAAACAUCGGUUACUCGAAUAGUCGCGAGUUUCCAACACCCGGACGUAGAAAUUUACAUUUGACUACGUCUAUUUCAUGCGAUAACGGACACUCGGUGAAGAUUCCGGCGGUUGAAAGUUACGUCAUGGUUUUACAACCUCAGCAACCCAGUAUUACGAUUAAUGGUAGCAGUAACGUGGCUAGAGAAUACCAUCAUUUCCGCGCCGGUGUUCGAAUCUUCCCAGAUUUGAAAAUCAGCGUCGAUCACGACGAUAAACAACGUAAAGAUAAUGCACUCAAUGUACCUGAACCGAGACUAGACUCGUGUAUAGUCUCUAUUUACCCGUCACUUAAUCCGGAUCACGAAGGAUUAACUUUACCCGAAGGAAGAAUGCAACAAUUCGGUAUUUUGGCUAAAAUAAGCAAAGACGGAGCGUCGAUUACCGGCUCAGAAUUGAUUCGCAAUUACGAACUGGUGCUCAGAGAAAUAGAAUACACUAAUCAAAAACCAGCUUAUUACCUUAACAGAGUAUUCAAAUUAAUAUGUUCGGAACUGAACGGACGGUUCUUGAGUAACGAAUAUAUUCAAACUCUGACCGUAAUCCAUUCGAGGGUUGCAAAUACACCAUCGCCGAUAUCAGCUGCGAAUGUGGACAGCAUUGUGGCCGAACUAAGUCGACAUUUCCCUCCACAACCAGCGCAUAAUCUGUUGAAUCAGCAUCACGUCGAAUCGCAACCGGCUCGUACAGUGAUCGGACAUUAUCUAGACAACACGGUGACCGACCAAACGCAAGCCAUCUUAUCGGGAGGAGGUCACGCCGUUGCGGUUAUAAUAGUCGUAUGCAUCGGUUUCCUUAUGCUUAUGAUCGCCUUGGGCGUGAUUCGUAUUCGAGCUGCGCACAGUAGAGCGGCCCAAGAAGAGAUACAAGAAACCGAAAUGGCUUGGGACGACUCAGCUUUAAAUAUAACCGUUAAUCCUAUGGAACAAUUAGAAUGCGGCAGCAUAAAGACGAACGCUAACGCCGGAUCGCAAGUUCACGACGACGACGAUUCGUCCGACGAUAACAUCAGUUACGAGUACGAAUCAUCGGACGACGACGACGACGACAACGGUCACGUCGCCUCGAACAAAGUUCGCGAUUUAGAAUGGGACGAUACAUUGGCCGUGUAAAUGUUCGUAUGUGUGUGUUCGUUGGCGCGCGAAAAAUCAUCAUUUUUUUUCUAAAUAAAAAAAACAAAAAAAAAUAUAAUUCUCAAGAUCAACAUCAACAUCAAAUUUUAACGUAUUGCAUGUCACAAUUAUUAUUAUUGUUUGUUUUUUUUCUACGUACUCUUUUAUUUUAUUUCAUUUUUUUUUUCGUUUGUUUGUUUUUUUUGGUUUCGAGUAGCAUUUUGCUACCAAUUAUUAAAGAAGCACUCGUGUACGACGAUUUUAGAAUCAAAAUUUCCUCAAAUUUUAGAGCACAAAAGUACCUACCUACGUAAGCGAAGACGGGUGUUUUUAAAAAAAAAGAAAACCUCUUCACAUUCUCAUGUACUAUAAUAAUAAUUUCCUACUACGUAAAAAUAACAACUGAAUUUCGCUGCAUUUUAUUUAACGAGACAAACCAUACCGUGUAUUUUAGUUUCUUUUUUUUUUCUUCUUUUGUACGCGUCACAUCUUCUAUUUAUGCGUUAAUUAUUAUUGUUAUUACCUUUUUCCUUUUCCUUUUCUUUUUCCUUUUUUUUUUUUUUUUUUUUUUCUAUGAAUUGAUUUUCAUCAAAUGUUAAUCCGUGCUUCGUUUUAAAACACUUUUUAAAUACUUAAAAUUUAAGAUGUAUUUUUAAAGUGAUACCAGUAUUAGAUUUAAAAUUUAAAAAAAAAAAAUUUACCUACCAAAUCAACGAAUUAAUAGGGGUAUUUUUUAGCAUUUAUUCGUGUUGCCAUAUAUGUAUAAUUAUGUAUUAUAUAUAUGUACGAGAAUAUUGUAAUUUGUUGCCCGGUGUGUAGGUAAAUAGGUGACCAACCUAUCUACGUGUUUAGGUUCACGUCUUCAUCAUCGUUUUGCGUCCUUUUAUUUACCCUUCUUUUUUCUUUUUUGUAUUUGAAAUGUGUGGUUUUUUUACUCGAAAAAAGUACUCCCCCUGCCCGGUUUUUUUUGUUUUUGUUUUCAUUUUUUUUUUUUUUUUUGAGAAAGAAGCUGCACACUGGUGUAUUAUUUUUGUUUUCGUAUAUAGAGAUAUUUGUGUGUUAUUUUGUAAGGGUAUAUUUUAAACAAAUUUAGGCAUUCAGAAGCGCUACGUACGCUGUAAUAUUGGUAAUGUGUACAUACUACAUGCAGUAUUUUACCUCUACACUAACAUUGUAAUAUGAAAAAGAUACGACAGAGUGUAAGUUAUACAUAAAAACAUAAUUUAUCAUAUCAGUUUUAUCUUUACUGUAUUAUACCCCCGGUAAUGUGUGGUCGAUUUUGAAACAUACCUUUUUAGAAUGUGAUCUGUAUCAGUAUUAGUUAAGAAUUUUCACAUCUUAGAUAUCGUAAUAUUCUCUUGUUCAGGCUGAAACCAUUUUUUUGUUUUUUUUUAACGCUUUCACUUCAUCAUCUUUCGUGAUUUAUCAUUUUAUGAUUUUAUAAAACUCAAUUUUAGACCAUCUUAAUGUAACCUAAUACGAGUUGUUUUUGGAUUUAAAAAUUGAGUGGAAAAAAUGCAAUAGUUGAAAAAAAAACGGCAGCUUGUUAAAUUACACGUAAAUACUCGUUUUCGUUAAUCAUUUUGAAAUUUGAUUUUUAUAACAAAAAAAAAAUACUUAUUGUAAUUACAUUUUAAGUUUACUGUACGUCCAUUUGUAUUUUUGUUUACGUAAAAUACUCGGAUAUGUGGCGACGAUCGAUCGUUGGUUUUCAGGAGGGCAGCUUUUGAGUGAAAAUGAAGGCGUUUAAACUUAUAGUAUUAUUCAUUCCGAGUAUUUUAUUUUUUAACUGUUAAUUUCUUGUUCUAAUAAUUGUGAAGUUAUGAUAAUUUGUAAUAAGAUUAUUACGUAAGGGUUUUACAUUACUUAAGCGAACGCAGAAAACCAUUUUUAACCCUGUUUCCUCCAAUAAUAUGUAUGAUUGAGUAGAGUACUAAAAAUUAAUUGUUCUAUAGCGCACUACUCCGUACUCGUAGCGCAGUCGUGUUUUUAUUACUUUUUCAAACCUGUUGAACAACUCGCGAAUAUCGAUUUUAUUUUUCACCUCGGUAAUAAGUAAAAUUAUGACGAUGAGUUUUGAGAAUUAAAAAUGGGUCUUUUUUUCACUCUCGAAUGUAAAAUUUUUCGACUCGAGUGUGUCGCUUGGGUUGAUUAUUAAUGGUGCUUAGUUUUGUGAGGGAAAUGUUAACCUAGCACUUUUGCACUGGUUACUGCUUCUUUUCAAGUUUUUUCUUUCUUUUUUUGUAAAAAAUGCUGAAUUUUAAUUUUAUUUUCGUUUCGUUUCGUUUGCUGUAAGUGUGAGGAUAAUUUAAAGUUGCGCCUUUGUUGCCUAUACUUAUGGGGGAUGAAGUUGAUUCAACCUCGCUGAAAGUUGACCCAUUUUUAAUUAAGAAACUCGUAUAUUUAUACUGUCAACCAAACCAACCUUAACCUAACUCGUAUUAUUAGAAAUUUCUUUGUUUUUUUUUUUCAAUAUUACUUUGAACAUGUUGAGGUAUUUUACCUGUGAAAUGCUCUAUCACAUAGGUUUGGUGUAACAAUUUCAAAUUCUACCCAUAAAUACACUGAUUUAAUUUGA